CAGUACUAGAGAGGAGCUUAUACAACUGUGGAGUUCUGGAGUUCACAGGUGUAGUACUUACCAGGGGCAGACAGGGGCGGACUGACAACUCAUGGGGGCAAUAGGGGAUCAUGGGGCCCCUGUGUCCUUGCCCAAACUCAAAAAAGCCUAUGAAAAAGGUACAAAGGAGCAUCUCAUGGGGCCCCCUACUGACCCCGGGCCCUCGGGCAGUACCCUAGUUUCCAAAUGGUCAGUCCGCCCC